AUGUGUUGCAGGGUCCACCCAGACACGGGUCACAUCUGCACCUCUGCCCCUCUGGACCGGGACCAGGGCCCGGCCUGGCACCAGCUCAGCCUCACCGCAGCGGACGGGGGAGGCCUGAGCUCCGUGACGUCGGUGCGAGUGGAUGUGGAGGACGUGAACGACAACGCGCCCAGCUUCUACCCUCUGGUGUACGCCGUGAGCCUGAGCAGCCAGAGCGCCCCGGGGACCUCCGUGCUGCGGGUCACAGCGCGGGACCCGGACUCUGGGGACUACGGCCGGGUCACAUACAGGACCGUCCCAGGAGGGAACUCUCCCUACUUCACUCUCAACAAAGACACAGGCGUGAUUUCGCUGUCCCGCUCGGUCUACGGGAAGGCGAACUCGGUGGUCUCCAUGGCGAUCUCGGCGCAGGAUGGCGGGGGUCUGGUGGCGCCGGUGCAGGCCAGGGUGGACGUGAGCGUUGUAGCCGGCUCUGUGGCGCCCCCUGUCUUCCAGCAGGCGCAUUACCACUUCAGCGUGUCGGAGGGCGCUCUGCGGGGGACGCUGCUGGGGGCGGUCCAGGCCAGCGUCAGGACCGGUUCCUCUGAGGACGUGUCCUACAGCAUCAGUUCUGGAGACCCCACAGGUCUCUUCACCGUGGACCCAGAGUCUGGAUCUCUCAGAACCAACCGCUCCUUGGACCAUGAGGUUCUGCCGACCUUAGACCUGGAGGUUCAGGCCCGCAGCGGCAGCCCCCCCGCCUUCGGCCAGACCCGGAUCCACGUCACCGUCACCGACGUCAACGACAACCCUCCGACCUUCGUCCCGUCUUCCUCCGAGUCCCUGCUGCUUCCGGAACACACCGGGGUCGGCGCUGUCGUGUACCGCGUCCUCGCCGAAGACUUGGAUUCUGGAGCGAACGGUCAGAUGGCGUUUGAGCUAAAGUCUGCGAUGAACACACAAAGAACUUUCAGCUUAGAUCGUGGAACUGGAGAAAUCCGUUUAGUAGGAAGUCUGAGUUUUGAGAAUGUGCCUCGUUACGAUCUCCAGGUGGUUGCUAAGGACAACGGCGUUCCUCCGCUCAGCGCCACCUUCACGCUCCUGGUGCACGUUCAGGCGCCAAACGACCACGGACCUGUUUUCGACACCGUCACGUAUCGUGUGGAGCUCAGAGAAGGAACCCCCCCCAACACCAGGUUCUUACAGGUGCGAGCCAUGACCCGGGACCACACUUCGGUGAAGUACCGACUGCGAGCGGACGCAGAUGCUCAUGGGUUCGCGAUCGCGGCCGACAGCGGGUGGUUGUUUGUGAAAAGCACCAUCGACCGAGAAGCUAAGGAUAUGUACGUGCUAACGGUGACGGCGAGCGAAGCAGACGGACAGAAGACGGGCAGCGCCACGGUGAGGAUCUCUGUGACGGAUGAAAACGAUAAUUCCCCAAAGUUCUCUCAGGACAGAGUCUUCUUGGCGGUGAGAGAGAACCUCCCGGCGGGGACUGGGUUCGGUCACGUGGCCGCCACGGAUCGGGACGCAGGAGCUAACGGCCGUGUUAGCUACCGCCUCAUGCAUCCGGAAAGAAUGUUCCAGAUCAACCCUCACACAGGAGAGCUGAGCACCAGGUGGAGCCUGGACCGGGAACAACAGUCCAGUUACCAGCUGCUGCUGCUGGUCCAGGACGGAGGCUCCCCAUCCCUCAGCGCCACGGCAACCGCCUUCAUCACCGUGACGGACCAGAACGACCAUGCCCCCUCCUUCAUCACCGUGAUGGACCAGAACAACCACGUCCCCUCCUUCACCCACAACCAAUCAGAGAACAGCCUCGUCAUACAGGUCCCUGAGGGCCCCGCAGGAGCCUUACUGAGCACGCUCCAGGCCAAAGACCCCGACGAGGGAGAGAACGGAACCAUCUCCUUCUCUCUGUCCGAUCCCAACAUGGUCCAGACUGACUGCAGAUAUGGGUCAGAUCCCAACAUGCUCCAGACUGACUGCAGAUAUGGGUCAGAUCCCAACAUGCUCCAGACUGACUGCAGAUAUGGGUCAGAUCCCAACAUGCUCCAGACUGACUGCAGAUAUGGGUCAGAUCCCAACAUGCUCCAGACUGACUGCAGAUAUGGGUCAGAUCCCAACAUGCUCCAGACUGACUGCAGAUAUGGGUCAGAUCCCAACAUGCUCCAGACUGACUGCAGAUAUGGGUCAGAUCCCAACAUGCUCCAGACUGACUGCAGAUAUGGGUCAGAUCCCAACAUGCUCCAGACUGACUGCAGAUAUGGGUCAGAUCCCAACAUGCUCCAGACUGACUGCAGAUAUGGGUCAGAUCCCAACAUGCUCCAGACUGACUGCAGAUAUGGGUCAGAUCCCAACAUGCUCCAGACUGACUGCAGAUAUGGGUCAGAUCCCAACAUGCUCCAGACUGACUGCAGAUAUGGGUCAGAUCCCAACAUGCUCCAGACUGACUGCAGAUAUGGGUCAGAUCCCAACAUGCUCCAGACUGACUGCAGAUAUGGGUCAGAUCCCAACAUGCUCCAGACUGACUGCAGAUACAUGUAUGGGUCAGAUCCCAUCAGCAGGACAUUAGAUCUAUCCACACAGAGAUUCAGAAUCAGAAAACUUUAUUGA